AUGCCAAUCACUAGAGAUCAAAAAAUAUCGUAUAGGUUAUAUUUAGUAACAGAUUCGUCAAUGCUGCCCGUGGGCCAUAGUUUCGUUGAGCAAGUUGAGGAAGCUUUGAAAGGUGGCGUCACCAUUGUGCAAUUGCGUGAAAAAAACUUGGAAACUGGUGAAUUUAUUAAGCGUGCAUCGGCAUUGAAAAAACUAUGUGAACAAUAUAAUGUUCCUUUAAUUAUCAAUGACCGUAUUGAUGUGGCACUAGCUGCUGACGCUGAUGGUGUGCAUGUAGGCCAAGACGAUAUGCCAAUUGACUUGGCUAGAAAACUACUUGGUCCCAAAAAAAUUUUGGGGUGGAGUGUAAGUAAAGUAGAAGAAAUUGAAAAGAUUUCUACAGAAUUCAAGGGCUGUUUAGAUUAUGUUGGAAUUGGUCCAUGUUUUCCAACAAAUACCAAAAAAAAUAUGAAAAAAAAACCCAUGGGAGCUAGAGGCGUUUCCAAAAUAUUAACAGCUUUGGAAGACUAUAAUUUACCUGAAAUUCGUACUGUAGCCAUUGGUGGAUUGCAUCCUGAUAAUUUGGAAAGAGUAAUUUUACAAUCAAGCUCUUUGAAUGGGAAACGUAAAGUUGAUGGUAUAUCUGUUGUCAGUGAAAUAAUGGCCUCUAUUUCACCCUUUAAAGCCACUGAAAAUUUGUUGCCAUAUGUUUCCAAUUUUUCAUCCAGAAAUUAUGAAUUUGCUACUGGUGUUUCAGCUACUUUUGACUUUAACACCUUCCAUGAGGAUCUACAAAGUAUUUUCACAAAUGUGUCAGCAACCACACCUUUAGUUCAACAUAUGACCAAUAAAGUCCAUCAGAAUUUUGGUGCUAAUGUAACAUUAGCUAUUGGUGGGUCUCCCAUUAUGAGUGAAAUUGAAUCAGAAGCAAAUGAGUUAGCUUCUAUUCCAAAUUCUAGUUUAUUGAUAAAUACUGGCUCUGUAGCACCUUUGGAGACUUUGAUUGCCACUAUUUCCGCUUAUAAUAGCCACAAAAGACCUAUUGUAUUUGAUCCAGUUGGAUAUAGUGCUACUUCAACGAGAAUCUAUCUAAAUAAUCAAUGCCUGAGCAGAGGGCAAUAUGCCUGUAUUAAAGGCAAUGCAGGGGAAAUGUUAUCUUUGGCAGGGUUUGCCUCUAAUAUGAAAGGUGUCGACAGUGGUGAUGUUUCUAAAAUUUCUUUGAACGAAUUAAUUGGUGCUACCAAAAAAGUAGCAUUCUUAUUCCGUACAGUUGCUGUCUGCACAGGAAAAACAGAUAUUAUUGCAGAUGGGGUUGGCGAAGGCUUACCAUCUCCAAGUGAAUUGAACUUUUCACAGGAAACAGUUCCUGUUUAUUUGGUAGAAAAUGAAGAUUUGCCUAUUUGGGGCUGUAUUACCGCAAGUGGUUGUUCUUUAGGUAGUGUUAUCACUACUUUAUUAGGCUCAAAUGAUAAGAAUAGUAACAGGCCAAUUAUAUCCUUAGUUUUAGCUGCAGUCACUUUAUACAAAGAGGCUGGGUUACUGGCUUCUAAAGAUUGUAAAGGAAGUGCAUCUUUCAAUGUUGGAUUAAUUGAUAACUUGUACCAACUGGUAAAACACAAUGAGCCUAAGGUAUGGGAAACACAAGUUAAAAGACAAGUAAUUUGA